CUCACCCCCCUUCCUCCGCAGGGCGGACCCCUGCCCAAGUACGGGCGCUUGGUGGACGCCGUGGGGACCCCGCUCCCCAGGGGCCGGCGCGUGGACUGCGAGGUUUUCCUCCGAGCUGGGGUGCGCUAUGAGCACACGGCCACCGCCUCCUCGCCCGACUGGGACCACGUGCCCAUGACGGUGGAGCUGCUGGGGCCGGAGGACCGGGGCUCCCGGCCAGCGGGCGUGCUGGCUCGCCAGCACUUCCAGCUGCGGGUGCACAUCCGCCCGGGAGUCGCCAACUCGGCGCCCAGGCCCAGCUCGGCAGCCCUGAUGACGAUGGAGGUGGGUCAGCUCAUGCUCACGGCGCUGACUCCCGAGGCGCUGGCCGCGGAGGACGUCGAGUCAGACCCUGACGACCUGAUCUUCCACGUUCUCGACGCCCCCACGGCCCCGCCGGGACACCCCGGACAGCGGGGCUACGUGGUCAGCACGGACGACCCCCUCGGCCGCCCAGCGUCCUUCUUCACCCAGCGAGAGCUGCGGGAGCUGAAAAUUGCCUAUCAGCCCCCCACGGAGAGUUCCCACGGGGAGCGCUUCUUCCAGCUGGAGCUGGAGGUGGCGGACGGAGACGGCGCCACCUCGGACCCCUUUGUCUUCACGGUGGUGGUGAGGCCCAUGAGCGCCCUGGCCCCGGUGGCUAGCCACAUCGGGGGACUACUGCUUUUCGAAGGUGAGUCGGGGCCCCUGUCCAGCGCCCACAGCCUUCAGAUCAGUGAUGAAGACAACCUGGAAGAGGUGAGAAUGGCCUCGGUCGGGGGCUUGAGGCACGGGCGGCUGGGGGUGCUCGGGGCACCCGCUGGGUACACGGACUUCUCCCCGGCGGACCUGGCCGCAGGGCGAGUGGUGUACCAGCACGACGGCAGCGACACCUACAGCGACAACAUCAUCUUCCGGAUGGAGGACGGGUGCCACCGAGUGGAAUUCCUCUUCCCCCUCACCAUCGUCCCUGUGGAUGACGAACCGCCCACGGUCGAGGCCAACGCGGGACUCUCGCUGAUGGAGGGGCAGGUGGUCCAGAUCGCGCCCUUUGUGCUGAGUGCUACGGACGUGGAUUCUGAGGACUCAACGAUCCUCUAUGUGCUGGAGAGCCAGUCUCUGGGAGGGAAAGCCGGGGAGAGAGACUGGGAUCUGGGCCCUGGCUCCUCCCACUCAAGCCAUGGUCUCGGGGCCAUGCUGCUGCGCCAGGCCGAGCCGCCUCUGUCCCCUGCAGACCAAGACUGGCGCUACGUGGAGAAGGAAGGCGUUUAUGAGAAGGAGGUGACUGAGUGGCUACAGAGCGACAUAACGGAAGGGAGACUCUUCUACCGCCAUCUUGGGCCACACAGCCCUCAGCCUGUGAUGUCCCAGCUGGCUUUCCAUGUGCAGGAUGACCAUGACCCACCCAAUCUCUCCCGCCUGCACGUCUUCACCGUCAGAGUCCAGCCAGUGGAUAUGCUGAGUCCAGAGCUGUAUCCAGGAACUACCCUAAAAAUGACCGUGCAAGAAUACCAACUCACUCACUUCCAGAAGAAAUUCCUCCGAUACACUGACCAGGACUCAGAUGACCAGAACCUGUGGUACACACUACUGACCCUCCCAACUGACACAGAUGACAACUGCCAAGUCCGGGCUGGGGACAUUGUGCUCGCUGACGCUCCGGACACACUCGUCACGCACUUUACCCAAGCCCAGGUAGAUCACCACAAAGUUGCCUACCGGCCUCCACAGAAACUGGGGAUUGUACCACGGGUUGUGCAGUUUACCUACCAGGUAGAAGAUACUGCAGGUAAUAGCGUGCCAGGCACAUUCACAUUAUUCCUGCAGCCUGUGGACAACCAGCCUCCAGCUGUCACCAACAGAGGCUUUACCGUCGUAGAGGGAGACAGCUUUAUCCUCGGCAGUCAUGAGCUAGAUGUUACAGACCCCGACACCGACAUUGACCAAAUUGUCUUCCUACUAGUCUGGGGUCCCCAACAUGGACAACUGCAGUACUUUAAAAAACGCAUGGUGCCAGGGGAAUCUUUCAGGCAAGCUGAUAUUAUUCAUGGGAGUGUCUCUUACCACCCUAGCAGAGGCCAGACUUCCAGUGACACUUUCCAUCUGGAGGUAAGUGACGGGGUGCACCAGGUACCCAUUGCCGUCCACAUUUCUGUGCAUCCCCCCGUGGCUGACAAAAGAUCCAGGAUCUCUAUCAGAGGCAGUCCAUUCCUGAAUGUUUCCAUAGAUGUAUUAGAGAAUAAAGCCACUGAGAUCACCAUGGGUGUCAUCCAUGGCAAAAAGAAGGACACAAGUGACUUGAUACUGUCUUUCAUUGUAGAGAACAGCCCCAAGUUGGGCACUAUUCUGGUGAAUGGUUUGCCCACAGAACGAUUCACCCAAGAGGAUCUCAUCAGUGGGGCAGUAACCUAUGUCCACACCGGAGGUGAAGUUGGUUUCCAAAAACAGCAUGAUGCCUUCAGCCUCACCCUUUCCAAAAACCAGAGGGUAGUGGGGAACAACAUAGUAGAAAGAGUGUGGGUGCAAGUAACUGUGCUUCCUGUGGACAACGUAGGUCCCAAAGUCUUGAUGGGAGAGUCCUUCAUUGUCUACGAAGGUGAGAAGAGCCCCUUGACCUUACAGCAUCUCAACACUGAAGAUGUGGACACUCCCCAAGAUGAAAUCCUAUGCACAGUAACUAGUCAGCCAGUCUCUGGCUACCUGGAAAACAUGGCACCAGCUCCUGGUUCAGAAGUGUCCCGGGCUGGUAGCCCCAUCAGUGCUUUCUCCAUCAGAGAUGUCCAAGUAUGGCAUGUCAACUAUGUACAGAGUAUCCACAAGGGGGUGGAGCCACAGGAAGAUCAAUUCACCUUUUAUUGUUCUGAUGGCAUCAACUUCUCACCCAAUGUCAUCUUCCGUAUAAUCAUCUUACCCACCAAUGAUGAGCAACCCGAACUUUUUGCCCAUGAGUUUGUGGUGUUAGAAGGAAUGAGCCUCGUCAUCGACACCCAGCUACUCGGUGCAGCAGAUGCCGACCUGCCGCCCAAUGAACUCCACUUUCAACUCACAGCCCUCCCUGGGCAUGGACGCAUCAUACAGCAGCUGGCCACAGGCAGCCAGCCCGUCCACAGCUUUACCCUACAGGAGAUCCAGGAAGCCUCCACCAUUGUGUAUGAGCACGAUGACUCAGAAACCACGGAGGACAGUUUUGAGGUCUGGUUGAGUGACGGUAAGCACACCACCCACAGGAAGGUACACAUCGUGGUGAUCCUGGUGGAUGAUGAAACUCCUCAGCUGACCAUCAGUGAUGGACUGGAAGUAGAGACCGGACACUCUGAAGUCAUCACAAAUCGAGUCCUCAAGGCCACGGAUCUUGACUCAGAUGAUAAGAGCCUCAGUUUUAUCCUCCAUUCUGGGCCUCAACAAGGGCUUCUACAGCGACUGAGAAAACCCAGAGGAGAAGUGAGGAGCAAUCUCACUCAGGGAAUGAACUUUACCCAAGAUGAGAUUGACAGAGGCCUCAUCCGUUACACCCACAUGGGCCAAGAAGGGGUUGUUGACCUUAUCAAGUUUGAUGUGACUGAUGGGGUUAACCUUUUGAUAAACCGCUAUUUCUAUGUCACCAUUAGCAGCUCAGACAGAGUCUGCCCUGAGGUUGUCAGCAAAAGAGUCACCUUGAUGCAAGGUGGCAGAGUGGCCCUCACCCCUGAUCUGCUUGGCAACGGUGACAUCAUCAGCCCUGGUGAACAACUUCACUUUAGCAUCUCACGGGCUCCUAGGCUGGGCCACUUGGAAAACUCUGACCACCCUGGGGAGCCCAUUGCUUCUUUCACUCAGCUUCAAUUGACUAGCAACAAAAUCUCCUAUGUCCACACUUCAACGGAUGAGAAAAACACGGACAGCUUUGAGUUUCGAGUGACUGAUGGACAUGACCCUGCAUUCAGAACCUUCAAGAUCUUCAUCUCAGCUGUAAAUAACAAGAAGCCGAUCCUGGCCAUCCACACAUUAACGCUGCAGGAAGGGGGUAGCAAACUGAUCACUCCCUCUGUGUUGACAGCGGAAGACAAGGAUACCCCAGAUGAUCUUAUUCUCUUUACUAUCACCCAGGUCCCCAUUCAUGGCAAAAUUUUGUAUAAUGGUAGCCAUCCUGUGACCACUUUCUCCAAGAGAGACCUGAAUGAGAAUCUGAUUAGCUAUUGGCACAAUGGCAAUGAGACCACCGAUGACAGCCUCUUCUUGACGGUGACAGAUGGCACUCACACUGAUUUCCAUGUCUUCCCAGACACCACCUUCGCAACACACACACCUCAGGUAAUGAGGGUCCGGGUAAGCUCCCUGGAUGAUAGGUUUCCCUGGAUUGCCAUUAACAGGGGUGCUCCAGCUUUGAAGCGCCUUCACACUGGACACAUGGGCUUUCUGAUUACCAGCAAGUCUCUGAAGGCAGAACAUCAGGACAAUCCCCACGGGCUCCUGAAGUAUGAAGUGACCAGAGGACCAGAGCAUGGUUUCAUUAUCAAAGCUGGCCUUGGAACCGAGAGCACUCGCGUGUUUACACAAGCUGACAUUGACGAGUUGAGGAUCCUCUAUGUCUUGAAUGAGGGCAGCAAUGCAACAAAGGAUGUCUUCUAUUUCUCUCUUGAAGACAAUGAAGGAAAUAAGCUCACAAGUCAGCCUUUCCACCUCAACUGGGCUUGGAUUUCUCUGGAGAAAGAGUACUACAUUGUAGAUGAAGACUACACAUUCUUAGAAGUGACCCUCGCACGCAGAGGACACCUUGGGGAAACAUCCUUGGUUGGCAUUGAAACCAAAGAUGGAACUGCAAAAAAAGAUAAAGAUUUUAAAGAAAAGGUCAAUAAACAGGUCCAGUUUAAUCCUGGACAGACUACAGCCACAUGGAGGGUGAGAAUUAUAUCUGACAACGAAUACGAGACUUCAGAAACCUUCCAGAUCAUUCUGUCAGAACCUCUCAUGGCUGCACUGGAGUUUCCGGAAAUGGCAACAGUUGAAAUUGUAGACCCUGGAGAUGACUCCACAGUUUAUAUUCCAGAAGCGAAAUACACAGUCGAGGAAGACAUAGGGGAACUCUUGAUUCCCAUCAGACGGUCUGGAGACACGAGCCAGGAAUUAAUGGUCAUUUGCUCUACACAUCCAGGUUCUGCUACAGGUACGAUUCCCUCCACAGCAUUAUCCUUCUCUGACUAUGUCUCACGCCCGGAAGAUCACACCAGCAUCCUCCACUUUGACAAGGAAGAGACAGAGAAGACCUGUCGGGUCCUGGUCAUCGACGAUGCCCUUUAUGAAGAGGACGAAUCCUUCACUGUCUCCCUGAGGCUGCCCAUGGGAGGGCGGCUGGGAGCCAGAUUCCCCAGCACCAGAGUGACUAUCCUGGCUGACCGUGAUGAUGAACCCACCCUGUACUUUGGGGAAGCUGAGUACCACGUGGGUGAAAGUGCUGGCUGUGUGGAGGUUUGUGUCUGGAGAACAGGCACUGAUCUUUCCCAGGCAUCAUCCGUCACCGUGCGCUCCAGAAAGUCAGAGCAGCCAUCAGCAGAAGCUGGAAUCGAUUAUGUUGGCAUCAGCCGGAAUCUGGCCUUUGCUCCAGGAGUACGCAUGCAGACAUUCCGAGUGACGAUCCUUGAUGACCCAGGGCAGCCCAUCUUGGAGGGUCUAGAGAGGUUUGAAUUACUUCUCCAGAGGCCUAUGGGUGCAGUGCUUGGAGAACCAAAUAAAACCACCGUUUUCAUCAAUGACACCAUUACUGACUAUAAGCAGUGCUUGUAGCUCCUUUGGCUGAAAGACUUUA